AUGAGAGAAGAUAUACAAUGUCUCCGUGGGUUGGCUAUUUUGUUCGUUUUGAGUUUUCACCUUGCACCAAAUCUAUUCGUCAACGGAUUCUUGGGAGUUGACAUAUUUUUCGUGAUUUCUGGAUUCUUGAUGGCAAAAAAUUUGACAAAAUUAGACUUGUUAAACGUUCAUAAUAUUCUGCUGUUUUAUUAUAGAAGGUAUCGAAGAAUCUUGCCCCUGUAUUUAUUAUCAGUGUUCGCUAUACUGAUAAUGGUUCAUUUAUGUUUACCAGAUUUGUUAUGGUGGAACAACAAUCGGUAUUCUUUAGCAUCUUUGUUUCUGAUAACUAACCAACUUGUGAUCCACGAUGAGGCUGAUUAUUUCUAUGAGUUUUUAUCGUCGUCUUCUUCUAUGAACGCAUUUUUGCAUUUAUGGUCUCUUUCAGUUGAAAUGCAGUUCUACCUCCUGGUACCAUUUAUAUUUUUGGGUCUCCAGUUUCUCAAAAAUGAUUAUCUAAAGCUCGCAGCUUCUUUUCUAAUCACCGUUUUUACAUUCAUCGGAUUCGCAAUGGUCUUGGACAGGUUCGCCUUCAACUUCAUGUUUCUCCGCUUGUGGCAAUUUUCUGCCGGCUUCAUCGCAUUGUUCUGGACCAGAAUAAAUAAAACAAAACUGCCAGAAAAAUCUGAAACAGAUGUGAAGAAAAAAUGGAGUAGCCCAAUAAAUCAAAACGAUUCAGUGAUUAUUGCUCUAUCAAUUCUUUCCCUUUGCCUCCUUCCAUCUGGGAUCGAUGUGUUGUUUUUAAGACCGGUGGUCACGAUAGCAACAUCUUUCAUUAUUGGAUGCGAAGCACAGAAUGUACAGCUAUUCACAUCCAAAACUCUUGGAUACAUUGGAGACAUUUCCUAUGUAAUGUACUUGGUUCACUGGCCAAUCAUAUCGAUUUUGUUUUCAUCAGGAAUCAAGAGUUACAUUUAUUGCAUACUUUUGAUAUUCGUGAUAUCGAUUCUACUUCAUCACAUCUUCGAGAAGCAAUACCUGAAACUCGACAUGAAAGGGAUUUUCCCUCUUCUUCUUCUUCUGAUAUUCAUUAAUGCAUAUUCACAGUAUAGCGUCCGGUAUGAUAGUUUCUGGAAUACCACAUACCCAGAAGAAGUGCAAAAGUACGUAGACGCCAAUAAAGCACAACUUCCAUUGUCUUGGUUGGUAGAACCUAAAAAAGAUGAAUGUGUCAAGGAAGAUCUGAAGGAUAACUCAAUUUACGAAUCAAGCAAAUUUGGUUACGGUAGAUGUUUGCAUGGCAACGGAAGUUUCUCCAUUAUGGUCAUUGGGAAUAGUUACGCCUUGAAUUUGAGGGACACCAUUCGUUCCCAGUUCAAUUAUCAAUAUUCAGAUUUUCGAUAUGUUUCUUUAGCAGAAAGUUAUGGAAUCUACGCAAACAGCUACUGGUCAGCGAAGGCACUGAACAUUUCAAAAACGAAAGUUGAACUUUACAAGCCUGAUGUCCUUUUCAUCACCGCAAAAUAUCCACUGUCAUUGAGAGAUUCCAUCAGCGAAAACGAUACAAAAAUUGAGGAGAUCAAUGAAAAUAUCAAAUUCUAUGAGAAGUUUGUUAAAAAAAUCUACAUUCUGAAUUCGCAUCCAGAAUAUAAAAGGAACUAUUUAAGUCUCUUUUUGCGAACUCUUAUCUAUCAUCCAGAUGAUCUAGGAUCUCUUCAUCUAAAUCGGAUUCAAGCCGACAGGAAAAUUAAAAAUGUAAAGAAACGGUUCAGCAUGGUCAAGUGUUCCAAGUGCAAGUUCUUCGAUUUGAGCCACGUGUUUGAAGAAAACGAUAAGUAUUUGACCUUCGACCGAGAUCAGCAACUCUCUUUUGUCGACAACACCUGUCAUUUAAGUGUUGCCGGAUUGAAAAUAUGCCAACCAGUUUUCGAGAAUAUUGCCAAAGAAGUUAUUAGUAGCAUGUAA